AUGUCCACCAACAGCAGCACAGCUGCCAACGCUGGUUCGGCUGCCUUCGCCGCCGCCGCCGCCGCCGCCGCUGCCGCCGCUCCCACCCCCAUCGCCAUCAUCACGCCGCCGCCGCCCAGCAGCAGCAGCGCCGCGCCCGCCAGCCAGCGCCGGGGGGACUACCGCCAGUCGGCCGGUCCGACUGGGGCGUGGGUAGUCCCGCCCAACCGCAAGCGCAAGGCCGAGGACCUCUUCUUCUCCUCCAACGGCGACGACGACGACGACGACGACAGCAACAACAACAACAACAACACCAAGACCUGGCCGGGCCGGGCCGCCGCCGACAUCUUCCUCCCGCCGUCCGCGGGCGCCGCGGGCGUCGCGCUCGCCGCCAACCCCGCCGCCACCACCGCCGCCCAAGCCGCCCAAUCCGCCGCCCGCCGCCGCCAGUUGCACGUCGCGGACCGCUUCCCCAACCCGCGGCCGGCGGCGACGCGCAACGCCAAGAACGGCCUGGACGCGGGCAACAAGCGCCGCUGCGUGGCCCAAGCCACCCUCCACCACCACCUGCGCCCGCUGCAGACGUGCUUCGCCGACGUCGCCGUGGCGCGCCGCAGCGGCAGCGGCGGCGGCCCGCUGGGCGUCGCAAAGGCCCUGGCCGGCCUGCCCGGAGGCGACCUCGGCGUCCACCGGCCCCGCCCGCGCCAGCCCGUCCCGGUCCGUGGCGUUUCCGUGGGCCUGCCGCCGCCGGUUGGCCCCCGCGAUGGGGGGUUGGUGUUUAGGAUGUGGCCGGGGAGGGCGGUCGUGUUGGGGGAGAGGGGACGGAGGAAGAGGGGGGUUGUGCCGGCGCCGCUGGUCGGGCUGGGUGUCGGGGAGGAUGGGGAGAUGCGGGGAUGGGGGUGGGUGGUGGAGAAGAGGGGAGGGAGCGCCGGGGUGGUGUUGGUGGAGAAGGGGGAGGAGGAGAGGGAGAGGGAGAGGGAGAGGGCGGAGAGGGAGAGGGCGGAGAAGGCCCUGGUGGCGGAGUGGGAGGAGGCGAGGGCGCUCUGCCCGAACUGGGCGGAGCUGCUGGCGGCGAGGGCCCCGGCGGUGGGGGCGGAGGAGGAGAGGUUGAGGGCGGAGUGGGAGGAGGCGAGGGCGCUGUGCCCGAACUGGGCGCAGCUGCUGGCGGCGAGGGUGUGA